AUGUCAUAGAGACCAAUUGGAUGUGUCCCACAAAACCUACAGUAUUGUUUUUGUCUUUUUGAGACAGAGUUUCUUUAUGUAGCCCUGACUGUCCUGAAACUUGCUCUGUAGACCAGGCUGGCCUCAAACUCAGAGAUCCGCCUGCCUCUGCCUCCUGAGUGCUGGGAUUUAAGGCGUGUGCCACCGUUACCCAGCUUACAAUAUUUUUUAUCUGGUUUAAAGUUCACCAAUUUUUAGUUUAGUAGUUUGGCUUUAUUUGCUUUACUGUUCCAAACAGCACCAUCAGUUUAGUGGCCCUUCAUGAGUCACAUAAGAAACACAUGUAGAAACAUGAGAUUCUCCCAACACAGGCUCUCAUGGUAGGUCUGGAGUUUACUUAAGGUGACCUCAAGAUGACAUGUAGGAAGCCAACAGAUCUUUGGGAAACUUCUGACCCGGGCAUCCUGUGCCAGGGAUGACAUUCUAUGGCGUCUCAGUCCUAGGUUUUGGAUUUCCCAGACUUCCUGUAUAGGACUCCAGGAACUCUGUUUUCAGGUAAAAAUGUCUCUUCCUUCAUGGAGAGAAACUGAGGAGAUUGGGUGUCAGAGCAUGGUUAUCAGGAAAGCUAAUAUUAAAUCAGAUUGUGAUGGCUACAGAAGAAAUGUUCAUACCCCACAGUCUGUGUGGUGAUUUUUCUCUUCAGAAUUUCAUCCUUUGACUAUGGACUUGACGACCCCUGAUUUAUUGGGGCCCCUUGAGAUAUCUAUUGUGAUCCUUGUGGGAAAGAGUGCUAUUUGCUAGUAACUCCCAUCCCUGAGCAGAGCAGUUCACUCUCAUAGUAAAUUUCCAGGAAACAACAAUCAGGGCCUGUCUUCAAAGUGGCACAGUGCAGUCAUUGUGGCCUGUGAAGGGACUGAAGAGAUUGCUGCUGCUUUGGACAGUCAGGAACGUUGCUGUCAGAUUGACUGUGAGCUCAGAGACUUAGCUGAUACCCACAGCCCUCAUGAGGUCUGUAUAUUUUAUGUCCCCCUGCUGUGCAGUGAGAACUAGGUACAGAGAAAUGGCAAGAAGUCUCAAGUGCAGUACUGACCAGGGAGUCCAGAAUGAGCUCUUCCCACACACUUGCCUCUUUUAUAUCUCGUCUAGAAGACCAGCUUGGAUUGUGAUGGGAACUGGAAAUAGCCGUGUGGGUCUUGAGAUGUGCUGUGUAUCCCUUUGCCACCCUGCCUGUGUUGAGGGAGCUCUCAGUUCUUGCUUGGGCUUCAGAUGCUGCGAAGGCCACAGGCAGAUGAUAUGGAGAUUUCUAGUGAAGGGAAUGAGGUCUUGCUGUUUGAUUUUAUUUCCUUGCUUUCUCUUUAUAAACUCAGCUGAGAAUGAGAGCACACCCAUCCAGAGGCUUCUGGAGCACUUCCUCCGUCAGCUGCAGAGAAAAGAUCCUCAUGGAUUUUUUGCUUUUCCUGUCACGGAUGCAAUUGCUCCUGGGUAUUCAAUGAUAAUAAAACAUCCCAUGGACUUUGGCACAAUGAAAGACAAGAUCGUAGCCAACGAAUAUAAAUCAGUCACAGAAUUUAAGAUUUCAAAUUAAUGUGUGAUAAUGCGAUGACCUACAAUAGACCAGACACCGUGUACUACAAGUUAGCCAAGAAGAUCCUGCAUGCGGGCUUUAAGAUGAUGAGCAAACAGGCAGCUCUCUUGGGCAGUGAAGACCCAGCAGUUGAGGAACCUGUUCCUGAGGUUGUCCCAGUGCAAGUAGAAACCACCAAGAAAUCCAAAAAGCCGAGUAGAGAAGUUAUCAGCUGCAUGUUUGAGCCUGAAGGGAACGCCUGCAGCCUGACAGACAGCACUGCAGAGGAGCACGUGCUAGCCCUCGUAGAGCACGCAGCUGACGAGGCUCGGGACAGAAUUAACCGGUUUCUCCCAGGUGGCAAGAUGGGGUACCUGAAGAAGCUUGGAGAUGGAAGUCUGCUCUACAGUGUGGUGAAUGCAACUGAGCCUGACGCUGAUGAGGAGGAGACACACCCUGUGGACCUGAGUUCACUGUCUAGCAAGUUGCUCCCAGGUUUCACGACACUGGGUUUCAAAGAUGAAAGAAGAAGUAAAGUUACAUUCCUCUCUAGUGCAAGCACUGCACUUUCAAUGCAGAACAACUCUGUGUUUGGGGACCUGAAAUCAGAUGAGAUGGAACUUCUAUACUCGGCAUAUGGAGACGAGACUGGUGUGCAGUGUGCACUGAGCCUGCAGGAGUUCGUGAAGGAUGCUGGGAGCUACAGCAAGAAAAUGGUAGACGACCUCCUGGACCAAAUCACAGGUGGAGAUCACUCAAGGAUGAUCUUCCAGCUGAAGCAGAGGAGGAGCAUCCCCAUGAGACCUGCAGAUGACGUGAAGGUUGGGGACCCACUAGGAGAUAGUGGCCCUGUUCUGGAUUUCAUGUCAAUGAAACCAUACCCCGAUGUCUCUCUGGAUGUGUCCAUGCUCAGCUCUCUGGGGAAAGCGAAGAAGGAGUUGGACCACGAUGAGAGCCACUUGAACUUGGAUGAGACAACCAGGCUCCUGCAGGACUUGCACGAAGCACAAGCAGAGCGAGGAGGCUCCCGGCCAUCUUCCAAUCUCAGCUCUCUGUCCACUGCCUCUGAGAGGGAGCAGCACCCUCCAGGAAGUCCUUCUCGCCUUAGUGUUGGGGAGCAGCCGGAUGUUACCCAUGACCCUUAUGAAUUCCUUCAGUCUCCAGAACCUGCAGCUUCUGCCAAGAACUAACUUGUGGGCUUUCCAGCUGUUUCCUUUUUCUUUUUUUUUUUCCCAAGUUUUUUUGAUACACGUUUUUUUGUCACAAGAUAGAAACUUUUGUCUCAUCCUCUCUGGCAUGUAGCAGCCUGAGGAAGAUGGUGGUGUGUCUGUGCUGCCAUGUCCACAGAAGAGGCCCAACAGCACCGAGUGAUAUCCUCUAAGUUCUGAGAAGUGACAAUAGGACUUGAGAGUGUUGGUCUCUUCUGAGCCCCAGAGACCGAGUGUGUUUAUGAUCAAUCAUAGUCAUUCUACGUGAGUCUUGCACAGCUGUCCUGCAGUUCUCAAAGGGGAGCCUGCAGAACAGGCCUUCAGGUAGCUUCUGUUUUCUGUUCGGUCACUUGAGGAUGGAGAUGUCUCCCUGACAAAUAAUGAACCACCCCACAUUUUAGAAUGAAGUAUUCAGACCCAUAAAAUGUUUCAAAACUACACAUGUAUUUGCUAAGUACCUGUUUGUAUUUGCAAAAUACACGAACAUAGGUCCUAAUAAAGAGAUGCCAAAGGUCA